GACUUUUAGAUCACUAGUCAAAACACAAACAAAGAAAAGUAAUUACUACACAUAAACUUGUAUUUUCGAUUAGCUGUGAAGAAAAAGUGGUUUUCCAUUAAAUCGAAAGUAGUUACGUGCGUAACUAAAAUCAUUAAUUGCUGGAAGCAAAACUAUUCUAAAAAUAAAUAGAAAAAGUAAAAGAUAAACAUUUAAUAAAGCUAUAGCUAAAUAUUGAAUAACUGCGCAGUUUGUGUGUGUGGCAUAAAAAAGAUAAAUCCCAUCCCAAAAAAAGGAAAAGAAAAUUACGUUGCACAGAUAUCAUAUAGUACGUAAAAAAACUUUUGUUUUUAUUUAAUUGGUUUGUGAAAAGAUGGCUACACGUAAGAAGUCCCUAUUAAAAGUUAUCAUUUUGGGCGAUAGCAGUGUUGGAAAAACGUCAUUAAUGAACCAGUAUGUGAGCAAACGUUUCUCAAAUCAAUACAAAGCAACGAUUGGUGCUGAUUUCUGUACAAAAGAAGUGGCUGUGGAUGAUCGUGUGGUCACAAUGCAAAUUUGGGAUACUGCCGGCCAAGAACGAUUUCAGUCGCUGGGCGUUGCAUUCUAUCGUGGGGCCGAUUGUUGUGUUUUAGUUUAUGACGUCACAUCGCCAAAUUCAUUUAAGAACCUCGAUUCUUGGCGUGACGAAUUUCUAAUACAAGCAAGUCCUCGUGAUCCAGAGCACUUUCCCUUUGUUGUGUUGGGAAACAAAGUAGAUAUGGAUAAUCGCCAAGUGUCCACACGAAGAGCCCAACAAUGGUGUCAAUCUAAAAAUGAUAUUCCUUAUUUUGAAACGUCUGCCAAGGAGGGUAUUAAUGUGGAACUUGCAUUUCAAACUAUAGCUAAGAAUGCAUUGGCCCAGGAAGCUGAGGUUGAACUUUACAAUGAAUUCCCCGACCAAAUCCGUUUGAAUGCCGACCGAAACAGUCGUCCCGGAAAUGCUGAUAACUGUCAAUGCUAAUUCUUAAGCUCUUAAUCAUUCAUUCACAAUGACGGCUGCUGUCUGGCCGCCUUAAAAAAUUGGCGUUGUUUGCAGAACCGUAAUACAAUUGUUUUUUUUUUUUUUAAUACAAUUGGAUAUUUUGUUUGUCCCUUUGACAUAUUGCUUUAAUUUCAUUAAAUGUUUCCAACGAGCCUCUCCAUUUUCCGUCACAAAAAGUGGAAUGUGAAAGGUGUCAACUACAGUUUACAAUUUCGGAAAUUAUCAUUUGUUUCCUCCCCGUAUUUUAUUCGUUUUGGUGAUUUUGAGAUCUUAUCAGUAAAAAAUAAUAAAAUUUAUAAUAAUUUAAGAUUAUUCUAAAUGAUGAAAUGAACAUGUCUCCAAUUGGUAUAUGUUUUUAACAUAAAUAUUCGAUAAUUAUUAUAUAGAAGAAUAAUGAUAAAUAGCAAUUAAAUAAAUAAAAUUCUGGAAUAAAUAAUGUACUACACGAAUAGAAAAAUAAUAACGAAAUAAAACCCAAUUCAGAACAAAACCCCAAUGGAAGCCCGCAGGCCUUAGUGCGCUUCGAGCUUUUUGUAUUUUUAAUUCAUUUCUUAAGUAUAUUAUUAUGAUAAUAACAUAAUUGUAAUUAAUAUUCAAAUAAAACAAAACAAAAACAA